GAGGGCGGGAGAGGGCGGAGAUGCUGAAGCUCCGCUGUGGCCUCGCGCCGCCGCCCGAGUCGGUGUCCAGCGACGUCCAGACCCUCAACAAACUGUCCGACCAGCAAUUCUCAGCAUUGACGGAAAUAAUCUUCAGCUUUGUAACGGAGCCCACAGAGUCAGAGCGACUGUUAAGUCAACUCAGCGAUUUUGCAGCCCAGAAUGAAAUGAGCCCAGCGCCACUGAAAAACAUUGUGAAAAGUGUCCUUUUGGUUCCCAACGGUGCCCUGAAAAUGAAUUUGACAGCCGACCAGGUCAAAACUGAUUUUAUUACACUGGGCUUAAGUGAGGAGAAGGCUGGUUGCUUUGCAGAUCAGUGGAAAGCACAUUCUGCAGCCUUGUCCAGGCUGGCUGUUGGACAAACCCUGACCGUCAAUCAGUUGGUGGAUAUGGAGUGGAAAUUUGGAGUAACCACAGGUAGCAGUGAACUACAAAAAGUUGGCAGCAUUUUCCUCCAGUUGAAAUUGGUUAUAAAGAAGGGGAUCAAAAGUGAAAAUGUUUACAUCGAAUUGACGUUACCGCAGUUCUAUGAUUUUUUGCAUGAAAUGGAACGAGCCAGGACUAGCCUCGAAUGCUUCAGUUAAAUUGCUGGAUUAAUUCCUCCAACUACAGAUAUAAAUAUAUAUAUUUUUGAAAGCAAACUUAAUCUCCUCUAAAAGUGGUUUCUUGAAUGGGUAUUGAAGCUUUAUAAAGAUAAUCUGUGUUUUUGUAACCUGUUUAAAUGUCUCAAACAGAAACACUUACAAUAUCCAGUGUCAUUGAAAUCAGCUAACUGUAUAGGUGACCUUUGUAUAUUGUAAGUAUGAUUUUGCUAUAUCUAAUUUUUUUAUUAAUAUAAUUCCUGUUAUUUUGUAAAUUUGAUUUACCUGAAACCCCUUCAUUCUGAUCAGAGUCUUUGCUUUAAGUCAACACUUUGCUUUGUUGACUUACUCUUAGGUCCGCGGUUCCUUCGUGUGACCUUGCUACUGCUUAACACCUUUCUUGGGGGUCUGGGCUGAGAUGGGGAAUUCCACUGUGAGAGGAAUUGUGGGCAUGAACCCAUAUGCUCUCUCGCGCACUGCAUGAACAGAUCCACGAGCAGGUCAUUCCUUCCGAUGGUUGUCAGGUUUCUUUGCGUUUCUUACACUUGGGACCGGCUAAAUGGAAUGAAAUGCAAAAUGGAUGCUUCAUUGAGCGGUGGAACAUUAUCUAUUUGAAGAACUUUAAUUUGUGUACUUGUAUCAAUGUAUUGCAUUAUUUACCUUGUCAUUCGUAUAUUUUGACAAAUGGAAUAAAGAACUAAAACG